AUAAUCAUUUUCUAGUACUCUAAAACACCUAACGACACCCCCCCUCUCUCUCUCUCUCUCUCUCUCUCUCUCUCUCUCUCUCUCUCCAUGAAGAUAAGUGUGACGAGCUCGGCGAUGGUGGGUCCAAAUGCAGAAACCCCGAGUGAGUGUAUGUGGUUAACGAAUUUGGACUUGGUGAUGCCGACAAACUACCACACGCGCACCGUCUACUACUACCGCUACGACGGCGCCGCCAAAUUCUUCCACACGACGGUGCUCAAGGCGGCGCUCAGCCGUGCCCUAGUUGAGUUCUACCCUAUGGCGGGGAGGCUGACUACUGAAAACGGCCGCAUCGCAAUCGACUGCAACGGCGAGGGGGUGCUGUUCGUCGAGGCGGAGUGCGACGGCGAGAUUAACGACAUGGGGGACUUCGCCCCCAGGCCGGAGCUCGGCCUUACGCCGAUGACUGAUUAUGCCCUCGGAAUUUCGACUUUCCCUCUGUCCAUGAUGCAGGUGACUCGUUUCAAAUGCGGUGGUGUUUGUUUAGGUGUUGCAGUUCACCACCACGCAGCCGACGGAAUCUCCGGAAUCCAUUUCAUCAACACGUGGUCCGAUCUAGCACGUGCCGGAAAUGACGUCACGAUCAAGAUCCAGCCGCCUUUCCUGGACCGUACGGUCUUCUGCGCCCGUGAUCCGCCGCAGCCGCAGUUCGCCCACUCGGAGUACCACCGCCCCACCACCGCCCCUCAACCCAACUCCGGCGAUACUUCCAAAACAAAAUACUGUUUCUUCAAGCUAACCCCCAAUCAUAUAAAAACCCUAAAAGCCAAAGUCAACAACAACAACGACGACGCGAAUCGUUCCAGCUAUACUACGUACGAGGCACUCGCGGGGCACGUGUGGCGCUGCGUCAGCAAGGCCCGAAACCUGCCGGAAGAUCAAGAAACCAAGCUGUACGUAACCACCGACGGCCGGUCAAGGCUCCGCCCACCGCUGCCGGUCGGCUACUUCGGCAACGUGGUGUUCUGGGCCCCGGCAGUUGCUCCCUCCGGCGAACUAUGGUCGGACCACGUCCGAUCCGCCGCCGGAAAAGUUCGGGAAGCGAUCGCCGGGAUGGACAACGAGUACCUGAGAUCGGCGAACGAUUACUUGGAGGUGAAGAGAGACGUGAUAGGCGAAAUCGCGCUGGACGAGAACACUUACAAAAACCCUAACAUCGGAAUAAUCAGUUGGCUUAGGUUACCGGUUUACGAUGCGGAUUUCGGGUGGGGGAAGCCCGUAUAUAUGGGUCUGGAUAGACCUUCUCCAGAAGGGGAAUGCCAUUUUUUGCCAACUCCGGUUUGUGAUGGGAGCUUAUUGGUUUCAAUCACUCUUGUUAUAGAGCAUAUGCACCUCUUUCAGAAGCUUCUCUAUCAGAUCUGAUUAUUAGGGUUUAUACUCCUUAAAAUUAAUCAUAUAUAUUUAUAUAUGUGUGUGUGUGUGGAGAAAAAUAAAGACUUCUUGGUUAAUUGAGAUUGAGCCCCAUAUAUAAUUUAUUUAAUGAAUACUUUGAGAAAAUAAUAGUGUUAUAUAUUAAUUGCAA